CAGAUCCUUCAGGAGUUCUUGCUUCAACAGUGUUUGGACGGAACUUCUUCCUCCGGUUUUUCUUCUUCUUCUUCUUCAGAAGUUUGCCUUCCUAACGCCGACCACCUUUUUCUACUUGAACACUACUGACGAAGUCGACCAAGAGCUUUAUUUUUGUACAGUUUUGUUAAGAAAAGGCAGCAGAAACGCCAGCCAAAAUGGAGUCCCAGGUGCGUCAGAACUACCACCGCGACUGUGAGGCCGCCGUUAACCGGAUGGUCAACAUGGAGCUGUUCGCCUCCUACACCUACACCUCCAUGGCCUUCUACUUCUCCCGUGACGACGUGGCCCUGCCGGGAUUCGCCCACUUCUUCAAGGAGAACAGCGACGAGGAGAGGGAACACGCAGAGAAGCUGCUGUCCUUCCAGAACAAGAGGGGGGGACGCAUCUUCCUCCAGGACGUCAAGAAACCGGAGCGUGAUGAGUGGGGUAGUGGGCUGGAGGCCAUGCAGUGUGCCCUGCAGCUGGAGAAGAACGUCAACCAGGCCCUGCUGGACCUGCACAAACUGGCCUCUGACCAUGUGGACCCCCAUCUGUGUGACUUCCUGGAGAGCCAUUACCUGAACGAGCAGGUGGAGGCCAUCAAAAAGCUGGGAGACUACAUCAGCAACCUGAGCCGCAUGGACGCUGCCAACAACAAGAUGGCCGAGUACCUGUUCGACAAGCACUCCCUGGGAGGGAAGAGCUAAAGGCGGCGGCCUGGGUGGAGCCGUCAGUGUGGUGGGCAGAGCCUGCAGCUCAGCCCCACCCCCUCCUUCUGUUGGUCCUUCAGAAUAAACCUGUCUGUAAUCUGCUUCAGCUGGUCUACUCUAGACCCCCUGUGAGUCCAUGUGGCAUCAGGCUGUGGUCAUGUGACCUCUGACCUCCCGUCCAGACACGGUUAACACAUGUGCUCUAAAUGUUCUGAUCUGUCUUCACUCAAUAAAAGUUUUGUGCUGGA